AUGGGUGACUACUCGAAAGCACUUGAAUUUUACGAAAAUUCACUUAAAAUUAAAGAAAAAGCUCUGCCUUCGAAUCAUCCUUCAUUGGCUACUUCAUACAGCAACAUCGGUCAAGUGUAUAAUAACAUGGGUGACUACUCGAAAGCACUUGAAUUUUACGAAAAAUCACUUGAAAUACGAAAAAAAGCUCUGCCUUCGAAUCAUCCAGAUUUGGCUACUUCGUACGGCAACAUCGGUCAAGUGUAUAAUAACAUGGGUGACUACUCGAAAGCACUUGAAUUUUACGAAAAAUCACAUAAAAUCUUCGAAAAAGCUCUGCCUUCGAAUUAUCCUGAUUUGGCUACUUCGUACUGCAACAUCGGUCAAGUGUAUAAUAACAUGGGUGACUACUCGAAAGCACUUGAAUUUUACGAAAAAUCACAUGAAAUCUACGAAAAAGCACUGCCUUCGAAUCAUCCCUCAUUGGCUACUUCGUACAGCAACAUCGGUCAAGUGUAUAAUAACAUGG